GGCUGGAGAGCUAACAGAAUUGAGGUAAGCGCCCUCUGCCUAGCUGUGCUCUCCUAGGCUUCCAGAAAUCUCAGGUCAGAGGGCACAGACAGCCUUUUGGAGCUCUUGUCUGGUAAGACCAUGAACUGGCAGCAGCUAUGGCUGGGCUUCCUACUCCCCAUGACAAUCUCAGGCCGACCCCUGGGGCCUGGAGAGAAAGAGGCAGCUGUGGAUUACCUGUUGCAAUAUGGGUACCUUCAGAAGCCUCUAGAAGGAUCUGCUGACUUUAGCCCCGAAGAUAUCACAGAGGCUCUGAGAGUUUUUCAGGAAGCAUCAGAGCUGCCAGUCUCAGGUCAGCUGGACGUCACCACAAGGGCCCGCAUGAGACAGCCGCGUUGUGGCUUGGAGGACCCCUUCAACCAGAAAACUCUUAAAUACCUGUUACUGGGCCGCUGGAGAAAGAAGCACCUGACCUUCCGCAUCUUAAACCUGCCCUCCACCCUUCCAUCUGACAUAGCCAGGGCAGCCCUGCUUCAAGCCUUCCAGUACUGGAGAAAUGUGGCCCCCCUGACUUUCCGGGAGGUGCAGGCUGGCUGGGCUGACAUUCGUCUUUCCUUCCAUGGCCGCCAAAGCCCCUACUGCUCCAAUACCUUUGAUGGGCCUGGAAGAGUCCUGGCCCAUGCUGACAUCCCAGAGUUGGGCAGUGUGCACUUCGAUGAAGAUGAACUCUGGACAGAGGGAACCUACCGGGGGGUGAACCUGCGCAUCAUUGCAGCCCACGAACUGGGCCAUGCCCUUGGACUUGGGCACUCUCGAUACACCCAGGCCCUCAUGGCCCCUGUCUAUGCUGGCUACCGGCCUCGCUUCAAGCUGCACCCAGAUGAUGUGGCAGGGAUUCAGGCUCUCUAUGGCAAGAAGAACCCAGAGAGAAAAGAUGAAGAAGAUGAGAUGGAAUUGUCCACUGUACCCUUAGUGCCCACCAAACCAAGUCCCAUGCCAGACCCCUGCAGUGGCGAAGUGGAUGCCAUGAUGCUGGGACCCCGUGAGAAGACCUAUGCCUUCAAGGGGGACUAUGUAUGGACUGUGACAGACUCAGGGCUGGGCCCCUUGUUCCGAGUGUCUGCUCUUUGGGAAGGUCUCCCAGGAAACCUGGAUGCUGCUGUCUACUCUCCUCGAACACAAUUGAUUUACUUCUUUAAAGGAGACAAGGUGUGGUGCUAUAUUAACUUCAAGAUGGCUCCUGGCUUCCCUAAGAAACUGAAUGGGGUAGGACGCAAUCUGGACGCAGCUCUCUACUGGCCUCUCAACCAAAAGGUGUUCCUCUUUAAGGGCUCCGGGUACUGGCAGUGGGACGAGCUGGCCAGAACUGACUUCAGCCACUACCCCAAGCCAAUCAAGGGGUUGUUUACGGGAGUGCCAGACCAGCUCUCUGCUGCUAUGAGUUGGCGGGAUGGCAGAGUCUACUUCUUCAAGGGUGAAAAAUACUGGCGCCUCAACCGGCAGCUUCGAGUAGAGAAAGGCUAUCCCAGAAAUAUUGCCCACAAUUGGAUGCAUUGUCGUUCCCGGAUCCCAAACACUACCCCGUCAAGUGGGGACAUUAUGGCCUUCACCGCAGGCACAAAACUGGAUACCACUCCCUCGGCCAAAUACACAACCUUGAGCACUAACAGCUCACCCACAGUCAUGGACAUUACCCCCCAAGCCACAGGCUCUACCACUCCCUCAUUUCCUGCUAAUGUCACCCUCCCAGAGGCCUAAGGUCUGAACCAAGGCCUAGACAUGGCACUUGAAAUACACAGGAACGGGGUCGGCA